UCCAAUGAUUCGCGAUGCAGUGGUUCUGGUACUGGGCCUCAUCAUAGGCGUCCAGCUGACGGAGUACUGGAACUACAGCUAUUUGCAAUCGACGAUUUUGGAAAGGAAAAAUACGAAAGCAGGCAGUCCAGCUGUAGGACUCUUCAAUCGCACACGUGUUCUAUGUAUGGUUUUAACAGAUCCCUUGGACUACGGUAAAGAGGAGGCCAAGGUGAAAUCUACAUGGGGCAGGAGAUGCAAUAAGCUUAUUUUUUGGAGGAACAAACAAGAAAAUAACACCUUUGCCACCGUUCGACAGGGAUUUAAGCAUAUAUUUGAAAAACACUUUAACGGACACGAUUGGUUUCUUCGGGCAGAUACAGAUACCUUUGUGAUAAUGGAGAACUUACAACGCUUUCUCUACCGCUACGAUCCAGAAUCUUCAAUAUACUUUGGCCACCGUUUAAAAGCGGACUUUGCCCAAGGAUAUAUGUCUGGUGAAGCUGGAUAUGUCCUUAGCAGAGGAGCUCUACGGCGCCUGAAUCUAUUCGCCUUUAAGAACUCCAAUUUAUGCAGCCAUAACUUGAAUUCUUCCCUGAAAUCGGAGGAUUGGGGGAUAGGUCUCUGUCUGAAUAAUGUAGGAGUGAUUGCAGGAGAGUCCCGCGAUGGCCUCGGGCAGGAACGCUUUCUCCCAGUAAUGCCGCAACGGAUUGGACCGGGAUGGACUAAAUGGAGACAGUACUCGGGAUCGCUGUACUUUAACCCAACUUCCCGCGCCUGCUGCUCCAGUUCCUUGAUCUCCUUCCACCCGGCCAAUGAGAGUGCCUUUGACCUCUGGGAGUUCUUCCUGCACCGCCUAAGUGUUUUUGGCUAUCCGAUGAGCCCGCUGAAGCUGCCGCCCCGCCUGGACUUCCGGGCCAUGCAUGCCCAGCUGCGAUAUUGGUCCCAGGUCGUGUCCGAUAACCACGGCUGACUUGUCUUAAUGUAAUUGCUACACCUUGAUAAAUAAACCAGGAGCCGGCACACGAUGAA